UAAACGAAUCAGCCAAUCAAAGAGCAGAACGCGUUAUUUGCCGGAAUACAGGUGGGGAAAAGAGGUAACUAGUGGCAGUGGUGAAGUGGCAGGCUGAGUUGGGUCAUGUCCCUAAUUUAGGGUGCGAUCAUUUAUGAGCGCAGGAAGCCACGGGAAAAGACAUUCAGAGAGGAUGGAGGAUCACGUGGUCGAGGACGAGACCUCGUUUUACGUGAAGGCGGAGCAGUACUGGAAGGACAUCCCGCCCACUGUGGACGGAAUGCUGGGAGGUUACGGGAGCAUUUCCAGCGUCGACAUCAACGGUUCCAAAAAGUUCCUGCAGAAAUUCCUCGGGGAGGGCAAAGGUAAGACGAGACCAGGCUGUGCUCUGGACUGUGGCGCAGGAAUUGGCCGCAUCACCAAGCGCCUUCUCUUGCCACUCUUCCGUACCGUGGACUUGGUAGAUGUGACGCAGGAGUUCCUGGACAAAGCACGCUCUUACCUAGGUGAAGAGGGCAAGCGAGUGGAGAACUACUUCUGCUGUGGCCUGCAGGAUUUCCAACCUCAGCCAGAUCGCUACGACGUCAUCUGGAUCCAGUGGGUCAUCGGUCACCUGACUGACGAUCACCUGGUGGAGUUCCUCAGGCGAUGCCGCAGUGCCCUGCAUCCCGAUGGCUUGAUCGUGAUCAAGGAUAACGUUGCAUACGAAGGUGUCGUCCCUGACGAGGUGGACAGCAGUGUGUGCAGAGAUCUGCCCUUACUGCGCCGCAUAGUGGCCAGAGCUGGACUCAGCAUCAUCCAUGAGGAACAGCAACAGAACUUCCCUGAGGAGAUCUACCAGGUCCACAUAUUAGCUCUUAGAUAGAACGUUCUGAGAGAAAGAAAUCAUGUUCACUCCACACGCGGCCAUUUUUAAUAAUGCAUCAGGUUGGAACAUUGCAAAAUGGUUAAUAUGUGCCUGUAUUAAGGGUCUGCACUUUUAAGAAAUGCAGUUCUCAAGGUCUGUUUUGCACCCAGAGCCCUGGACUUGCGCUAUCAGGGAGCACAGACUUCAUAUGAUAUAAACAGUUUUACAUUUUUAAGAUAUCUAAAUGUCCUCUGGUCUGUAAUUACUCAGGACAGGUUCGGAGGACGGAAUAUUCGAUAAACAGAAGAGCAUGCUUGUGCUUUCACAGGAAUAAGAUUUGAUAUCUAUGUGUAUUUUGACCCAGACUCUGUUUGUGGUGAAACUAAUGCGUCUGGUUUGUGUGUAAGUUAUUAAGAGACAUUUUCAUGUGUGCAUGUAUUGUAUUUGUUAUGAGUGACUGUGGACUUGAAUACAUAAACAGCUUUCUAGAAAAUAUUCUUGUAUUGUGUCCUUUAUGCUCCCGAGCCCCGUAAAAAUAAUUUCAUUAAAAUAAAUAAAGUAAGCCAGA